AUAACUUUAAAACUAUAUAUAUAAACAAUUUUCUUACAUCUAUGGUUAGUAAGGUGGAAAACCGAUUACUCGCGGUGUACUUCGAAUUUUUAUUAACUCGACCUAUAAAGUCUCCCGAAAAUCUGUAUCUGUAUCCAAUUCUUGAGUCCAAUUCUGUGGAAUAUUCUAAGCUGAAUAACUUGAUAUUAUUUUCUAUUUCUAGUACAAGCAAAAACUCAAAACUGUAACGAAAAGACAGCAUAAUACAAUUAGAAAGCUGGAUAACCGCCAACGCCUGAGAAGGGGACAUACAUAUGCUUUGAAAUUACUAACUUAGAGCUUAGGGCAAUUUUUAUUGGCGCUACAUCCGCAUCGCGAAGCUUGAUACGGCGAAAUAAAUAAGAAACUGUUGAAGUUCAGUGGUUCAGUAAGAGUCAUUACUAGGUGUUUAUAACAAUUUUACAAUUUAUAACAGUCUUUAGGCUCGUUAAUGUGAUAGAAAGAAAUUGUUUCACGUCACGAUGGAUGUCGAUACUCAUCUUUGUCAACACGAAAUGGUUGAUUGAUUAUUUUUUCAACUAUACAGGCUUUAAAAUACAAAGUUAAUUUUCUAAAAAGUUCAAAUUCAGAAAAAUUCAAAAAACUUUAAACAAAAUCAGAAAAUUCAGAAAACACCAGAAGAAUUUGAACACAUUUAAAGAAAAUACAAACGUUGAGACAAAUUCAGAAAAAAAUAAAAAAAAAGUUUAGAAAAAUUCAGACGAAUUCCGAAAAGCUCAGAACAUUUCAGAUAAAAAUAGAAAAAUAUACAAAAAAACAGAUUCAGAAAAAUCUAGGAAAUUUUAGAAAAAACUCAAAAUUCAAAAUUUAAACAUCUUCAAAAACUUUGAAAAAGUUCAGAAGCAUUGGAAAAAUCGCAAAAUUAGUAACAAAUAUACAAAUAAAAAAAAAUUCUAAAAUUCCCAAAAAUUAGAAAAAAUAGGACAACCCGAAGAACAUAAAUAAUCGGAUGUCAGAAAAUACAGAAAACAUCAAACGAACUCAAAACAAUCAGAAAACAUUUAGGAAACAUUUAGAAAAGUUCAAAUAAUAAAAAAAAAAUUAAAAAAAAAUAAAACAAUAGAAAACGUGGUCUAUGACGGCGAGUUCAUAAGAGACAUGGUUCGUGGCGAAUCCUAUAAAUAUCUUGGAUUCCGACAGCUCACCGGGAUUCGCCACUCCGACAUCAAGACGGAGCUGCGAGACAAGUUCUUGAGUCGAGUGAACUGUGUCCUGAGGACUUUCCUCAACGCGGGGAACAAGGUACGCGCGAUCAACACAUUCGCGGUUCCCCUGCUGACCUUCAGUUUUGGUGUAGUCAAAUGGAGCAAAACUGACCUAGAGGACCUUGAGAGGAGGAUGAGGAAAGCAUUCAAAGAGGCCGGAAUGCACCAUCCUCAAUCGGCACUGGAGAGAGUUUCACUGCCACGCAAAGAUGGGGGACUUGGAAUAGUCGACAUAUCUGCACUGUGUGUUGCCCAGGUACGACAACUGCGCGAGUACUUCGCAGAACGCGCCAACCAAAACGCGCUAUACCGGGCUGUCUGCGCCGCCGACAGAGGAUACAGCGCUCUGCACUUGGCGCAAGCGGAGUACCAACUCAACUGCAAUCUGCAGACAGUGGAGGAGAAGAUUGCAGCUUGGAAGCAGAAGGCAGUGCAUGGUGCCCACCCCCAUCAACUGGAUCGGCCACACGUCGACAAGGCCGCAUCUAAUCUGUGGCUAACGCGUGGUGAACUCUCUUCAGUAGUAGAAGCCGACAUGAUAGCCAUCCAGGACAGGAUAAUGCCGACGAGAAACUGCAGGCGGUACGUCUGGCAUCAAGACGUUGAUGACAUUUGCCGGAUGUGCCAUCAACCAGGUGAAAACAUAGAGCACAUUAUGGGAGGCUGUCCCGUUUUGGCCAACGCAGCCUACACCGAGCGCCACAACAACGUGGCCCGUAUUGUUCAUCGACAACUGGCGCUCCAAUGUGCUCUACUGGAAGACAACGUACCAAACUACCGGUACCUGCCUGCACCUGUCCUGGAAAAUGACCGUUUCAAGCUGUACUGGGAUCGCACUGUUCUGACCGACCUCUCGAUCCACCACAACCGCCCAGAUAUAAUGGUUUACGACAAGAGCGACCGCAAAGUCACCAUCAUCGAUGUCGCUAUUCCACUGAACCAGAAUCUGGAGGAGACCCACGGUCGCAAAAUCUGCAAGUACCGACCAUUGGCCGUGGAGCUCAAGGAACUGUGGGGGCUAAGGGAGGUCCCAAGAAUUGUUCCAGUCGUUCUCUCUGGAACUGGAAUUGUCCCGAAGACACUUCUGGAAGCGCUAAAGGUGUUGAACAUGGAGAAGGAAUUGGCCGGCAUCCAAAAGUCGGUCAUCCUUAGCACCUGCGCGAUUGUCCGACAAUUUCUCGGUCAGGACUGAAACAGCACGAGCAUGCAGAUACGUGCAUUCCGCAGAGCCUAGUCCCCCUUUGGCAUUCAGAAGCCCGGGGGCAGGUGAAAAUUCUGGCUAGGUUCGCCUAGUUAAGAAGUGAGAUAAGUC